UUUAUGAAUUUUUUUUUACUAAGAAGAUAUUUCAGUUGAAAAUUAUGAAGUUUGCAGUUAAACACAUCUAAGAAUGUCUUCACACCAGAAAGUUAUUCAAGUGUAUUUACAUAAACAUGAUAUAGGACGCCUUUUUGAGGAUAUGAUGGCUAAAUUAGUAAAAGAAAUGCCUAAUGAACCUGUUGUUUAUUUAAUCAAAUUGUUGCAAAAUAUACAACCUAAAAAAGUUUGCAACAUGGUUAAUCCUGUUCCCAAUAAUGAAAUAAAGCUAACAGGCUCUUCGAUACCAAAGAAAUACUCACAAGACCCUCAAGUUAUACUGCCUGGUAGCAAACCCCCUGUAUCUCUUUGGUCAAAAGGUGUUGAUGAAAAAGAAAAUGAUAGUAUUAACCAAGUUAUUUACUCUGAAAAGUUUAUAAAAAAGAUAAAAGAAAAUGCUGAUGAAGUUCAAGAUUGGAAAAAUAAUGCUAAAGUGCCAAUAAGCAAAUUAAGUGACAAAAGCAAAAUUGAAAAAAGUCUUCCUAUUUUUACAAGUGAUAGCAAAUUAUCUCAUUCAUUGAAGGUUCCUGAACAACAUAAACAUGAUCUUAGUAUAAAAAGAAAGGAUAACAAGCCACCAAAUUUGGUACAAAACUCAGAAGUAAAUGACGAGUUAGAUAUAAACCCAAAAGCCAAAACUAAAAAGAUUAGUUCAUCAACAUACACAAAGUUUAAAAAGCAUAGUUCUAAAAUGAAAUCUGUCGAACAGAAGAAAAAAUUGCAGGCAUUACUUUCUAAAGAAACACAGGAUGACAAACAUUCUUUUAUAGCAUUAGAUGAGGAAAUAAUUGAAAAUAACUCAGAACUUAUUAGUGAGGGAGUACAAGUUCAUUCAAGCAAACCUUUGAAAUAUAUAGACUCUACUGCCAAAGUUAGAAUCAGUAUAUGUCAAUUAUGCAACAAAUUGUUGACUUCAUCUGACAGUAACAUUCCACUUGAAAGUGAUCUUGUCUUCGAUACCACAUUGAGAUGCGACAAACAAAUAUCAACAACAAAGGAACAAAUAUCUAGCGAUGAUGAGGAGUUUGAUAGUGUAUCUCAAUAUAAGUUUAACAAACCAAAAUGGCCAACCCUCUCUGACUCUGAAGGUGAACUCUUUGAUACAGAGGCUGAAACAAAUUUAUCUAUAUUGAAAAAUUCAUCAAAGAGUAACCAAUCAGAUUUUUUUAAAAUAAACAAUCCAACAAGAAAAAAGAUAGAUAGCACAUUAACAGAUAAAAAGGUUGAAAAAAUAUUGAAGGUCACCAAUAGUAAACAAAUUUGGAAUGUUACAAAUGUUGAAAAAGAAAUAUUUGAGGAUGGAAGCUAAGCCAGACUUGCUUCUUGAGUUAACAAUGAAGAUUUAAUGUAAAAAAACUUUAAUUGAGGUCCUACUUAUCUACCUGCCGUGGCCUCACCCAA